CGUAUAAACGGUCUCUCUCUUGUGCGAUUAGCAGCAGCAGCAGUAGUAACAACAACGGCAGCAAUGGCCGAAGAUGGGAUAAAAGAAAGCAAAGAAGGGAAUAAGUUAUUGGGUUCUCCUACCUUUACAGAGCUUGAAAACGGCAGAUUUAAAUGCGUAGAGACGGGCCACGAAAUGCUAGCCAAAGACAAGGAUUCAUAUUCACAGAGCAAACGAUGCCGCCUGGGUCUUAUCGACUUUGCUUUGGCCAACAGUAAACCCCCUCUCAACAUGUUCAAACAAGACCCAGCAUCUCGUUCAAAACUGAUAUGUAAGCUAACUGGGGAUACUGUCAAUAAGUCUGAGGAACAUAUUUGGAAGCACAUCAAUGGCAAAAGAUUCCUUAACAAAUUAGAACAAAAAGAAAUGGGGAAAGUUGAGGAUAAGCAAAAGGAAGACUCAAAGUCUAGCGCAGAUGGUCCGAAGAAGAAGAAGAAGAAGAAGACAAAGAAAAAGGAGAAGGAGGAAAAGCCAAUUGAAGAGAUCAUUUCUGAAGUAAGGGAUUCUUCUGAUAAGGACAGUGAUACUGAAGAACUUGACUUCUGGAUGCCACCUGUUGGAGAGCGUUGGGACUUUGAUGAUGGAGGUGAUCGAUGGGGUUCUGAUGGAGAGUUAGAGCAGGAAACUGAGAAAGAAAAUGGAGCAGAUGAUGCAGUUGAUGAAAAUGGCAAGGAGUCAGAAGAGCUCUCUAAGCGGACAAAAAGAAUGUCAAUUGAAAUUGGACCCAGCAGCUUUGCCUCUAAGAAGAAGAAGAGCAAGAAGAACUCAACAAGCUAAAUCUCCUAAGAAAUUUGUAGCUUCAUUGAUAAAAGAUAGUAAAACAAGUAAUGAUUGGUUAAUACACAUUACAAUUGCAAGCACUGUUAAUCUGAGUUAUAGGAAACGGCAAAGGAGGUUAUGACUGCAGACAAUAAGAUCUUUGGAUAGAUAUUUUUUCUUUGUUGAGUAAAUUGUAUGAUGACAAGUGUGAUUUUUUGGUUAAAUUUUCCCCCCAGAAAUUUUGCAGUGAUGAGCGCUAUCGUAAUAAGCAUAUGUUAUAUUAUCUGGAGAGAGUGUUAACAGUAUGCAACUUAAUUCAUUUUAGCUUUAGUCCUAA